AUGGUGGAUAGAGAGUGUUACGAAAACCUCAAGACCGCCAACAAUGACCCCUCCUCAUCAUCCGCCCUCACUACGCUGCAGGUUCAAUUAACCUCGGCGGGAAAGUUAACCGUCACCUUGCAAACGAUCUCCCAACCCGGUAUCCUGCGACUACUCCAACCUGGAGACGAUAUCGCUGGCCUCCAAAACGUACCAUCGGGUGUAGACCUUUGGUUGUCACCUAGUGGAUCAGUUGCCAGACUCGUAACUACUACGCCCGGCUCCACGGAUGCGUUCUCUCCAUAUCCAUCCAGCAACGGCAGUGCAUUUGACGGUAAUGAAACUGCCCAGCGCAAGCAAUGGAAACUCACUGUUCUGGAAUGGCUCAAGAACUUCGGGCUCGCAGUUGAAUCGAUCGAGGAAACCGUCUGGGUUGAAGUAGAAGUUUGGGAACCGUUCUAUUCCAGAUUGGCCGGAGAGACAUUGCGUCCAAAUGAAGAAAACACAUUCUCGCUUCCUUUGAAGCGGAUCUUAUGGCCUGCGAUAUAUUGCUUCAGGAGGGUAAAGUCUACCAUCUCAGAGCCCAGGCAAGUCGAUCAUCUCAUGACGGAGGAUCCUCUAGACUUUGCGCAGAAAUGGCGUGGGAUGGACAUACCCGAAGAUGACAACGCGACUCCUAAACCAGCUUCUAAUCAUCAACAACAGCCCAAAGACCAAGAAAUUCCUCUGGCGGGGCUCACUGAUCCCCCGGAGGCGCUCGAAAGCCUUUCUCGUGCCUCCCAGUAUCCCGAGGUUCAAACUGCGAGUCUUGUAUACCCGACGCCGCCGGAUGGGGCGGUCGGAAUGGGAUUGCACGCCGCUGCCCCCUCGGACGGCCUUGUUGACGACGCAGAUCUCGGACUACCUUUCUCACAUCUCCAAAACAAGCAAAAAGCUCAAGACAACUUAUCUAUGAAAGAUCGUUCUGAUGUGGAUGUGUCAACAGGGUUCGGCCCAACCGCUGGGCUCAUGGUUGGAUCGGGAUUAUAUGACACGAACGACGAUGACGAUCUGUUUGGGGACAUGAAUGAGAAAGAUUUCGGAGCCAAAGGGAUCACCGAUGUCGACUUUAGCUUUUUUGACGACCCUGGAUUUGAUCGUAUGGCCGGUAGUGCACAGCAUGUUGUUCAAGACAUGCCCGAUGUGAUAGAACCGAGCGAGCCAGAAAUGCAGCUUGAUCAUGUUGAAACCAUAAUACCAGACGUCUCUGCACCGCAGAAAACACCGAUUGAGCAUGCAUCCAUCCCUGAAAUGAGUCCGUUACAAGAGACACCAAAACCAACGCUUCAACAGACUCCAGUGAACGACAAUUUGGCGGGCCCCUCCUCAUCCGAUGAGAAUAACCAAACAAUCAGUCCUCCUCUCAGUCCAGUGGAAAUCAAGAAAAUACUGCUACCUGGACCGAAUGGGGAAAGCCAGUCUCCUCCCAGGCAUGUGCAAGGGCAGAGCUAUUACAAUCCCGUCGCUUUCAAACAGAACAUGUCCAAUUGGGAUCAGAAAUAUGGCGCUGCUGGAAAAUUCUGGUUUACAGCCACAGAUGCAGGAGCCACCAGGGAACCUACUAACUUUCAGAGUGACAUCCCGACCAUUGGCAUUCCUCGGCGUCACAGAAAGGUCUCGACGGCGGAGGGCAUUUCCAAAUCUUACGAUGGCCAAGCCAGCCCGCCGAGUGACCAAGUCCUGGAGCUAUGGCAAGGUUCCGACUCCGAUAGUGAUUCAAGCGAUGAAAGCGACAGUGCUGCCUCAGAAAGGGGCGCUUCGCCCGCUACAUUUUCAACGCGCAAAAGAAAGCGCGCUCGCUCUAAUUCCGGUAGCUUGCCUGUUCAGGAAAAGUCAGUAGGAGAACCUGAUCAAGAGUCGUCCGUUCCCAAAGCCGGGCAGUCAAUUUUCCUCGGGAACUUCCUGUCCACAUUUUCCGACUGGUCGAUGACGGGCUAUUUCUCGUUCCCCGAAAACCAAACCUUCCCCGUGCUCGCUCGCAGAGAUCUACAGGUCCAGGUAGCCCAAAUACUAGCGGACCAAGUUACGCAAUCGUCAUUAGAUCAUAAACUUGAUGGACGCUCCGGGAUUUCCGAUAUUGGUGACGGGGCAUAUUCAAUCCGGUCUUUUCUUGAGGAUACCGAAUUUAUGGAAUGCAUGGAAAGACUUGAUUUGAACGGUUUCAUUUCUUUGCAGGAUAAUAACCAAUCACCUCCGCCCGCCAAUAGUGCCAUUUCUCGCCAGGCGUCGCAACGUAAGGAGACAGGGAAAGGCUCAAUAUCAAAGCUACAUCCACCUCAUGUGCGCGUCCGCCGAGGCAAGGAAUUCCUAGAAACUCUGCCUCCUGCGAUCACAUUCUGGGAAACCUUUGGUUUAGAACCUGCUUUUGGCUCCAAGGACAUUGCGGCCUAUUGCAUUUGUCCGCCAAGUAUGACAGAGGCAGCCGAUGCAUUUUUAGAGCGGAUCAGCUUACUUUACUCGAGUUGUAACCUCGGUGUACAUGCACGAGGAGACAAACCUAAUGGGUUGGAUCAGACGUUAGGUUCAUGGAACUUAUCAUCGGAUUACUUCUCCGCGAUGCAAUCUCUGAAAGGGAUAUGUGAAUCACUUGGGGCUUCUCUUCAAAAUGUUCCGCCCAGCAAAGAUAAUAUUGUCAUCUAUAUGAUAAAUCCAUUUACCCAUGCUGCGGCAAUGGUGGACCUGUGCUCUGCUUUUUGGAGCCUCUUCCAGAAAUAUGCAACUGAUCCCGAGAAACAGCCAAGCCGUUUACUUAACGAAGUGGUGCUACAGAUUAUUCCCAUGGACUUUAUCGUGUCGAACGAAUCCUUGGUUGUUCCUCCACAAGUUGAGUAUCUGAGCUUAGCCUUAGAAGUAUACAGCCGAUGUCCACCGAAGAGUGCACAGCCCAGUCUCGUUAACAGUGCACCACCAAUGCUACUGGCUGAACCUCUUCCAAGGACUCUUCAUUUCCGGCUCGCGUCUGAGAAAUCCUCGCCCCUCCAGGAAGGUAAAUGCCUUCACCUUGCAUACUCCAAGAGUCAAGAUCAGCGCUGGAUCAGCGUGGCCUGGUCCGACAAUACCGGAUCACUCCAGCGGACUAUGUCAUAUAACCUGCGCUUUCGGGGCGGUAGUGCGUCUAGAACCGUUCAUGAUAUACGAGGCGAGAUCUGGGGAGCGACGAAAGACAUCAUGGAUCGGAUUUCGGCACGCUGGAGACUCAUAAUCGUGUACUCUGGACCUGUGGACCAGGAGGAGGUUGACUCAUGGUCAAACUUUGUUGAACAGUACAACAAGACUAUUACAGUGCCUUCGGAAUUGACGGUCUUGAACGUGAACACUACACCUGAUCUCUACCUUGAACCUCCAUUUCUCCCGAUCCCCAUGAGCGUUUUCAAUGCGCAAACGAGCUCCACGCCCGUCGCCACGCCAAAUCCCAGUGUUCUCUCCCCUGAUCAAACCGGCAACGCUCCUACUCCCCCAAGCGCAGCCAAUGCCCCCACGCCUACGGAGUCCACACUAGAAGCUGAAUCGGAGUCUUUGCUCACUGAUAUCUGCGACGAAUCCUGGGGUGUGAUCCUUUCCCAUCGCCUCAACAGCUCCCCGCACCUCACCGAGUACCGCCCAGCCUUAAUCAGUGGGUAUCUACUUCGUCGCAAGGGCGCCACCGAUGGCGACGGCUUGUACGCGCUAACGGUAAAUCUCAUAUACACACAACGACACCCUUCAACUCACGAAUCACUCCUUCGUGAAGCACUGGGGAUGUAUCGCGAUCUGGCCGCCCUGGCCCGCGCCAGGGGGACCUGUGCUGUACAGCGCAGCACGAUGCCUUGGCACAUCGCCACGGCCAUUCGAGCCCAGGAACUGUUGAGUUAUGUCUUGUAA